AUGGCUUUCCGUUCAGAGGAGGAUUUAUGCUGCCCUGCCUGUCAUGACAUUUUUAAAGAUCCCGUCCUCCUCUUGUGUAGCCACAGCUUCUGUAAAGCCUGUCUGCAGAGCUGGUGGAAAGAGAAGCAAAUCAAAGAGUGCCUGGUUUGUCGGACAGUGUGCGAGUGGAGUGAUCCACCUUGUAACCGGGCACUGAAGAACCUCUGUGAGGGAUUUUUGCAGAGUCAGAGAGCUUCAUCGGGGUCUGACAGUCUCUGCAGUCUGCACUCUGAAAAGCUCAAACUCUUCUGUCUGGACCAUGAGCAGCCCACGUGUAUCAUCUGUCGGGAUGCAAAAAUCCACGCCGACCAUCAGUUCAGACCCAUUGAUGAAGUUGCACAGGAACACAGAGAGGAGCUUCACACGUUCCUGAACCCUCUGCAGCACAAGCUGAAGCUUUUUAAUGAAGUUAAAGUGAACUUACAUCAAACAGCAGAGCACAUUAAAGUGCAGGCUCUGCAGAUAGAAAGGAGGCUUAAGGAGCAGUUUAAGAAGCUUCACCAGUUCCUAGAGGAGGAAGAGGAGGAACGGAUGUUAGCUCUGCGGGAGGAAGAGGCGCAGAAGAGCCAAGUGAUGAAGGAGAAGAUGGAGGCUCUGUGUAGGGAGAUGGCGAAUCUUUCAGACACAGUCAGAGCCACAGAGGAGCACCUCAGAGCUGGAGAUCCAUCCUUCCUGAGGACCUACAAGGCUGUGGUGGAAAGAGUCCAGCAGCACCCCCAGCUGGAUGAUCCACAGCUGGGCUCAGGAGCAUUGAUAGAUGUGGCCAAACACCUGGGCAACCUGACCUUCAACAUCUGGAAUAAGAUGACAGACAUGGUCUCCUACAGUCCUGUGAUUCUGGAUCCAAAUUCAGCCAAUCCAGAGCUCAUUCUGUCUGAAGAUCUGACUGGCGUGAGGCACGGAAAGAGAAGGCUCCUUCCAGAAAACCCGGAGAGGUUUGAAUUCUGGGAUUCUGUCCUGGGCUCUGAGGGCUUUAACUCGGGAACUCACAGCUGGGACGUGGAGGUUGGAGACAACAAGGACUGGGAGGUUGGGGUGAUAGCAGAGUCUAUGUGCAGGAGAGAAUUUGUGGGCUCCACAGUGUGGAGCGUAGAAUGCAGCCAUGCCGGAUACAGAGCGUUCUCCCCAACCAACAAAUACAUCGCUCUCUCCAUCACAGAGAAGAUCAAGAAGUUAACAGCAGCAGUCUGCCAGCGACCGCAGCAACAACACGGAGAGCUCUGUUGCAGAACUGUCUGCUACCAAUUUCACCUGGUGACAGCCAGAAGGUCGAGCAACCAGGUGAAGCUGGUACAGGUGAAAACACGAGAAAAUAAGGAAAACUAG